AUGGCUUCUACUUUAAAGCGUACACUAACAGAUAUUAUGGAGGAUGAAUUAUACUCCCCUGCCUCUCAGAACCACAACAGUCCAACUGGUUUCAGGAUUACUAAUAUGACUUUGUCUGCUCCUUCUCCUUUGUUGGAGACUGUCGACGAGAUUCCUCAAGUGUCUCAGGCGUCUCAAAUCCCACGGGGACAGCAAAUCAUGCAGAUACCGCAACCGUCUCAAGGUUCCCAUUCUUCGCACCCUCCACAGUUAUCUCCUGUUGUUUCCCAUUCACUUACUCAAGAGGACCUUUCUAGAUAUAUUCAUCUAAACGGUUCUCAAGACUCACUUGAAAGGAAUAUAUCAACACCGAGUUCUCCGAAGUUGGCUUUCAGUACCAAUUCCGCUUCUACCAAUAAGCAGCCUGUUAUGCAGCAUUUGCGAAACGAGCCUUUCAAUACAACUGCUAAUGGCUCUGAUAACAGCUCUAUCUACAACGAGUAUGGGAACCCAAACAUCUUUGCUCACGCAUCUUUGCCUGAUGAAUUGUAUUCAUUAGAUAGCACUUAUAGUAGGCAGGGGAAUGAUGCCAGUUCCAAGGCCUUUGUGGUGGAUCCUCAUGAUACCCAGAAACCACAGGAAUCGAACCAAGUUAGUUCCGCUGCUGCUACUACAGGAAAGGAUGCCAAACGGUACGAUGACAUUGAUGAUGAUGUCAUGCUCGUUCCCCAGGAGAACUACUUGUUUGAUCAGGCAGAUUCUCAAUACUUCCCCAACAUUCUUCAUUUUGAGUUUGGUACUGGCAAACCAUUUCCACAGUCUAACGAGUUGAAUAUUUUCAGGUCUAACGACGUCUAUGUAGAUGACGAUUUUUCUGAAGAUGACGAAGAUGAUGAAGACGUUAAUAAAUUAGACGAUAUGGAAAUGGAUUUGGAUGAUGCUUCGAGCGAAAGUAGUGCGGGGGAGGAAGAAGAGAUCAACAACGUCGAUGUUAAUAGUAAUGCUAAUAGCGAAAGCGUGGUUGAAGGAAGAACUCCUGCAGAUUUCAUCAAGAAUGCAAGCGUCAGCACUGAUACCCAUCCUGCCGAUUCAAUUUAUUCGUUGACAUUUGGAAACCGUUUUAAUGGCAUUCAACCCCAAUCAUUCAAACCUCUAUUCGCAGAGGAUGAUGACAUUGACAAUGACAGCGAUACUGAGAUGACAUCUCCCUUCGAGAUUCCUGAUGUCGCCAAUCAAGCUAUCAAGCAUAGAGCUGAAAGCUUUGCUGGUUCCAACAAUUCUGAAGCAGCUGCUCUUAAAAAGCAAAGGAAGAAGGCUACGUUGUCGACAGAUUCUUCGUUACUUCGUCAGGCCAAAGAUGAUCCUACUGGUGACGUUCACAUCUGUACAGUUGCGAAUCCGAAAACAGGAUUACCUUGUAACAAGCGGUUUUCUAGACCAUACGACUUGGUGAGACAUCAGAAUACUAUUCAUGCUUCACGUAGAUCUUAUUACAGAUGCAUGUUUUGCGAAGAUGAUUUGAGAAGAAAGCAUGAUUUUGAGUCUGACAAUGAGAUUGUCAUGAAGGCUAACUACAGAGCCACUUCUUUCUCCAUGGAGAACUCUAAUAACAAUAUGGCUAAUUCCCACAAUUCGAGAAAGGUAAAGGCUUCUUCUGCCAGUAAUGGUUACUUGAGCAACAAGACCUUUAGCCGUUGUGAUGCCUUGACUAGACAUCUAAGAUUCAGACAUGGUUUGAAUAAUGAGCAGGUGAAUGAUGCCAUGGAUUAUGCAAAGAAGCAUGUUGAGUUUUACAACAAUUGA